GCGGAGGGCACCUUCUGAUAGGCCGGCGUUAUGAAGGUUGAGCGUUUGAAGGGCGACACACUUUUCCAGGAUUGAGCUCAAGGUGUCUACGAGUUCAGAUUCCAAAGCGUUGUUCGACAGGUCGAGGCCGGUAAUGGCCCAACAAAAGGUGCCAGUAUUCAGAGCCAAAAGGUUUGAUGGGCCUCAGCGCUUCGGAGGCAUCCGGACUCCGGACAUGAUUUGAAAAAAGGCAGGCAUUUUGGCUCCCAUGCGAAGAUAUCAUGUGGGAGGUGGGGGCAUUGCAAAUCGGAUCGGCCCUGAAUCUCACUGAUAAGGCCAGCAUAUUGUGGCGAUGCACAUGGUGCGUGCUUAUCCUUCACGCUUGGGAGUACCGGGUGUCGAUGAUGGAUCCCAGGUCGAUGGCUCUCAGGUUCGGUAUGGCGUUGAUGCCGAUGAUAAGCAAAUCGGCGAGAUCUGGUAUGAUGAUCGUCUCGCGGAGAACGAGAGCAGUGAUGGGUGGUGUGGCCCGGAAAGAGUUCCAUGAACUUUCACCAAUUCCCCUUCCCAUAUUCCCGGGAGUUCCGCCAAAUCGCGGAAGCUUGGGAAGUUUUGAAAGACGGUACGGACUUUGCACAUACCCGGCCUCCCUCACCGGCCACAUCGUCUCUAACUCAUCCGGUGCACCGUGCCUACCUAUUACAUCCCCAUCCUCUGUGGGUCAGAUGGCAGGCGAUGGGAGGCGAGCAGGUCAGGGCUCUUGCUCUCUUUCAUGGCCGCUCGAAUCUGCCUUCUGCUAUUAUAGGUACCCGUUCACGGGAUUCAUCGAGCACUAUCUCGCUAGAGUGCCGAUGUGGACGUUUUGUCGUGACCCAGUCGUGACCUCGCUUCGUGGAGCGAAGGUGACGCAACUUCCAGGGGCUAUAUCUCCCGGGGCUUGCAAGGUUGACAACACUGUGUUCCAAAUAACUUUGACCGGCAAUUCCUCCAGGCCGUUUAUUAUGCUUUAUUGUUCGGAGUCGAUGGCCGAUAAGAUUAACUCUGACUUUCGCAAACGGCCGGCCUCACUGGCGGCGGAGCACACCAUGGUGAAUAGAGAAUCUCCGAAAGGAAAGAGCUAAAGCCCUUAGCUUUGCGAUUUGGGGUCGCAUUGGAGUCAGAGUACGUUAACAGCUCGAGCUUCGCGUUCGUGGAAAGCGGUACCCGUAGGUGACCUAUCAUACUCGCAAACUAGUUGUGUCUCGGCACUUCAGAAAGGUGG